UACGUGUGUACUCCCGUACGUGUGUACUCCUGUACGUGUGUACUCCCGUACUUGACGAGUAUUUACUCCAGUCGUACUUCCCAACGGCCGCGGCCGGCUCGAUCACAUAGCCGAAAGGCAUUAUGGGAGUGACACUACUGCGCACGCGCUAAGAGCUACACAACCCGGAAAAACAGUCAGAAACUUUUCGCCCCGGAGCGCGGACGUUGUGUCCACGAGCAGCGAGUUUUCUUACUUGUUUUUGGCAAAUUUGCGAAACAAGUCAAUGAGAUGAUGGACGUGCUGAUGAACGACAGCGGCUCAGAUGUCGUUCCCGAGGACUCGUCCUCGGAGGAAGAAGACCUCAUCCAGCCGAAGUUUAAUAACAAUGGCAGCAGUUACUGGGACUGCAGCAGGGACUCGGACUGCCACAUAUCAUCAUCAGACAGUGAAAACUACAACGAUGAAGAUUACCAGCCACCGAAGUUCUCACUCUCUGCUCGACCCCCACUGUCACGUGGACGACCUUGUCGUCGUGCCCCCCUCCCUCCUCCCCCCCAGCCAUUGCCUACAGAGAAGAUCUCACCUGAACAAAGCCAACCAUCAAAGAAGCGUCGACUUAGUGUCUCUGCAGAUGAAACGACAGAAGAGGACGGAGAAAGAUGGAACAGCAGAGAGGAGGAAGACCAAAAACCAGACCCCCUCAGUUUCACUCCAGCCCGGAGCCCCGGGCCCAGGUUCAACAGGUCGGCGUCAUGGUGUCCUCUCUCACUGUUCCAGUUGUAUUUUAGCAAGUCUGUUGUCCAGACCAUAAUAGACAACACUAAUGCCAAUGCUGCUAGAAGAAUUACGGCUGGGAAAAAGUUUUUGUGGACAACAAUGACUUUGAAAGACUUUUACAUCUUCAUGGCCAUUAUCGUCUUCUCCGGCCUCGUCCAUGUCCACCACAGAGGCGACUACUGGAAGAGACAGUGGCCAUACAACUUUCCCUUCCCCCGUGAGAAGAUGUCCUGGAACCGGUUUGAAGCCAUCCUGUGGUCGUUGCACCUCAGCAACCCGAAAGACGACGAGGACAACGAUCGCAAAAAGAACACGGCGGGCUACGAUCGACUCUUCAAGAUCAAGCCCCUGUACACAGACAUCACGACAGCCUGCAAAGCUCAUUUCCAGCCAUAUCAAAACAUUUGCAUGAAUGAAAGGAUGGUAGCACCCAAGGCUCAGAUUAGCACGAAGCAGCACAUGAGGAGUAAACCCGCCAAGUGGGGCUACAAACUGUUUGUACUAGCUGAUGCCACCACAGGCUACACCUGGAACUUCUCUGUGUACACGGGGAAGCUCGACAAAAGUCAGCUCGGCCUGAGCUACACGUCUGUCGUUGAUCUUCUGCCGUUUUCUGUGCUUGGUGAGGGCUACACAUUAUAUGUGGACAAUUUCUACGCCAGCCCCGCCCUCUUCCGAGAUCUCCACGAGAAACACAUCGGGUGCUGUGGGACCAUUAGAAAAAGCUGCGCUGGUUUUCCACACACAAACAGCAACGACUUUCCUCAGAAGCCCGAGAGGGGAGAUAUCCGCUGGAUGAGGAAAGACUGCUUGUUGUUUGUGAAAUGGGUGGACACUCGCGAGGUGACGGUGUGUUCGACGGUGCAUGAAGCCUUCAGUGGAAAGACUGUGCAGCGCAGAGUGGCAGAGGGUGAAGUCUGGAGCUCUAAAGAAGUGCCCGUGCCCGAUGCUGUGAUGGAACACAACAAGAACAUGGGCGGUGUCGAUCUGUCCGAUGCUUUUAACGGCUACUACAGCAGUCACCACAAAGCCACCAAGUGGUACAAAACUUUUUUUUAUCACUUUAUGGACAUAGCCGUGAUGAACAGUUUCCUUCUGUACGAGGAGCUGUCUCGGUAUAAGUUUGAUCCCAGUGCAAAGGAAUACACCCAGAAAACCUUCAGGGAGACUCUUGCUGCUGAGAUGUUGUGCUUCGCUGAAGGUUUAGCUCCACAACCACCACCAGCAUCCUCGUCCACACUCACCUGCAUGCCACGUUACUAUGGCAGCGACGCGACCGCGUCCAGGAGGUACUGCAGGAGGUGCCAGGAUGCCGGCAUCCAAAGGGUGAAAACGCCAAUUUACUGUAGAAAGUGCAAUGUGUCCCUGUGUCUGACAUCAAAAAAGAACUGCUUUGAGCGGUGGCACGAUACACGAUGACAUAUUGUGUCAUGUGAAAAUUGUAAAUAGUAUAAAUAGUUGAUUGUGGGUUUUUAUGCCUGUUGUUAUGAUUGUUACUGUUUUUUAUUAUGUUUGCACAUUUCAGUAAAUCUACUCCAGCAGA